AGGCACAGAGAGCUGCUGAGAUGAGUAUUAACUAGCUUUAGACUCUCCGUUACCUGUGAGGAAUCCAACAAAGGAAACUAAGUUCAGAAUUACUUUGGAUGCAUGUGAGGAAUUCAGUGGUUGGUAUUUGUGUAGGCCUACUGGUACUCUGAUUUUGCUUUUGUUUUAAUCUUAACGAUUUAAGCUUUGAAGUGAUGAGACAUUACAUCUAUUUACCAAGCAGAUGCUUUUAUCCAAAGAGAUUUGCUGAUAUUAUUUAUUUAAGCACGUCAAUGUCAAAUGACAACCAUAUAGCUGUAAAGUAAGUAUCUGGUGAUUCGUAGCAUAAUUAACCAGUGGUAUGAGAAAUCAACAGAAGUGGGCAUCAAGUCAACAUUGUUCAUUCUCAGUUCCAAAAUAAGCAGCAUGCCCAUGUAUGAAGCACCACAUUGUUGUGCAAUAGCAGAUGGCACUACGUUUCCAUGGUAACCAAAAUAAGGUUUCAUUAAAUUGUUAGGGCCCUAAUGCCACAAGGCGUGAUGAGCAAGUCACACGAGAAGCAUUAUGGGAACAGGUUUAGUAGGCUAUUAUUUACUAACGCAGCGAGAUACUAAAAACGAAAACUGUUGAAAUUAGAGGUCGUAUGUACAAACAAUCCCAACUCGUGUGUUUAUCUAUUUAAAUUAAAAUCGUUCAAACGCGCUCAAAGCACAUCAAAAGCCCCUUUAAACCUGAAGCUGUGCGUCGCGCGCGCGCGCGCGCUGCUCUUCGUCUCAUCAUCUCGCGCAUAUUUGGAGCGUCUCAUAGCAGGGCUGCGGGCGCGCGCGCGCUCCCUGUAUGAUUUUUUUAACUUCGAAACAGAAAGAAGUCCACGGCAGCGCUGUCCUGCGAUUUAUCGCGAUGCCAACUUUCACACGCGCACCGGUUUAGUUUUUUUAACCGCCGCACUGAAACGCAGCGAGAUACGGGAAGAUCUCGCGCAUCAUCUGCAGCUCGCGCUGUCUUCACUGUUGAGCGCUCGUCAGGGGAGCGGACCUGCAUCCUAAAGCAAACCUUUCCGAGGCAUUGCAGUCCUGUCACGUCUUCGGCUCUCCUAUUUUCCUCAACCACGAGAGCGGAGAGAAGAAGUGGCUCAACGGUGGCGACAUGGCAAGAAGCAGCAGCAGCAGCAUCAUUUAAAGUGCUCGUUUCAUUCCACUGCAGCAACCUGAUGCAGUGAAGGAGCUAUCGAGGCUAUGUACGUGCCUGCUUUGGGUGAAAGCAUGUUGUGGGUUACGCUGCUAAGCAUGAUUGCACUCGGAUGGACGACUCCUAUCCCUCUACUUGACGAUUCAGAAGAAAUAGACGAGCCUUGCUUUGAGCCCUGCUACUGCGAGGCGAAGGAAGGCCUGUUUCACAUUCAUUGUGACGGCAAGGGAUUUACAAAUAUUAGCCAGGUCUCACAGACAUGGCUUAGACCGUUCAAGCUGUACCUGCAGAAAAACUCCUUACGGAGGCUCUACUUCAACAGUUUUCUGCACUUGAACAAUGCAGUGGCCAUUAAUCUGGGCAACAAUGCCCUGCAGGACAUCCAUGUUGGGGCUUUCAACGGUUUGAGCUCGCUGAAGAGAUUGUACCUUCACGAAAACAAGCUGGAAGUCUUUCGGAACGACACGUUUCUUGGACUGGAAAGUUUGGAAUACCUUCAGGCCGACUAUAACGUUAUCAAGAGAAUAGACAGUGGGGCUUUCCGAAAUCUUCACAAACUCAGAGUGCUCAUUCUCAAUGACAAUUUAAUACCCGUGCUACCGGCCUAUCUUUUCAGAUCCGUCUCUCUGACGCACCUAGAUUUGAGAGGCAAUCGACUAAAGACGUUGGCUUAUAAAGGGAUUUUGGAAUAUAUUGGUCGCAGCCUCAUGGAGAUCCAGCUGGAGGAGAACCCUUGGAACUGCGUCUGUGAAAUCAUCCAGCUCCAGACCUGGUUGGAGCGGAUACCGUACACUGCUGUUGUUGGAGAGAUCACGUGCGAGCACCCCUUCCACCUCCACGGAAAGGACCUUAGAGAGAUCAAACGCAGUGAGCUGUGUCCCACGCUGAGCGAAGCAGAGAUCGAGUCAAUUCUAGGCAUCCCGCACUUACCAUUCUAUACAGGGAGGGUAAGGCCUACAAGGCCAUCAUCCAUAGUCUCCCCAAAUCAAAACACUGUCUCUUCUGUGGAACAAAGAGCACCAAAGCCAACAAAACGACCCAGGCCCUCGAAGACGCCGCCAACACCACGCAGCGUGUACCCAAAUCAGCCACCCAUAGCCGGAUAUCAGACACGGCCGCCUAUACCAAUCAUUUGCCCUAUCGGAUGUUCCUGUAACUUGCACAUUAAUGACCUUGGUUUGACAGUCAACUGUAAAGAAAACGGGUUUCGGAACAUUUCUGAGUUAAUGCCUCGCCCCUUGAAUGCUAAGAAGCUUUACUUAAGCGGAAAUCUCAUUCAGAGAAUUUAUAAGUCGGAUUUUUGGAACUUCUCCAGUCUCGAUUUAUUGCACUUGGGUAACAAUCAGAUAUUUUACGUCCAGGAAGGAGCUUUUGUUAAUCUCCCUAAUUUGAGAAGCCUUUACCUGAAUGGUAAUAACAUUGAAAGGCUAACUCCUGAUAUGUUUCACGGCUUGCAAAAUCUUCGCUAUUUGUAUUUUGAAUACAACGAAAUUAGAGAAAUCCAGCCGGCCGCCUUCAGUUUAAUGUCCUCACUGCAGCUAGUCUUUCUUAACAACAACCUCCUGCGUACGCUGCCCGUGGGAGCGUUCGCAGGUACAUCGCUGUCACGCCUGAACCUACGCAACAACUAUUUUCAUUGCCUCCCAGUCAGCGGAGUUCUGGAGCACCUGCAUGCUGUCGUCCAAAUCGACCUGAAUCAAAACCCCUGGGAUUGUUCCUGUGACAUCAUUCCUCUGAAAGAGUGGCUGGACACACUAAGUUUAGUGGUCAUAGUCGGAGAGGUGGUGUGCAAGACCCCGGAGCAGGUGUCGGGAAAAGAUUUACGUUCUCUGACUUCAGAGGAAAUUUGCCCCGAGCUUCAACAGUCUUCGCUGUCUCCAGCCGAGUCGGACGGUGGCCUCAUCACUACGUAUCCCGGGGUGGGGCCGCACCCGCCGAAAGGUGCCAUACCGCUGUCUGUUCUCAUUCUCAGCCUGCUGGUUCUGUUUGUGUCUGCCUUCUUCGCCGCUGCGGCUCUUUGCGCGUAUGCUCUUAAAAAGCGUGAAAAGCUCCCCUUUAGGAAGCAAGGGGAAGUGGGCCUGGCAGGCAUUCAGAUGGAAUGUGGAAUAUUCACAGAACAGCCAACCACCUUACCAGAGACUCCUCCCACCAAUCACGUGUACGACAGCAUCGGCGCCCCCUCCUCGCACAUGUGCAGUAACCCGGUUUACAAAAGCAGACCGGAGGAGCCGGGGCAGAAGCAUCCUUUCACAGAGACAAACGAGAGCGGAUCGCAUUACAGAACGCUGAUGGAGAAAGAAAAGGAGUGGAGCAUGGCGAUCUCCAGUUCCCCCAUUAACACUAUUGCCAGCGUUGGAGCGCCGUGUAGUGACAUCGCUGGCUUUCAUGAAAACGGAAUACUCUGCCCUACUGUCAUUGACAGCCAGGGUCCCACGCCCAAGGUGGGACUAGUGGACACUCUUUUUGGCACAACCACCCAGUUUAGCAACGUGCCUGACAGGCACACGCACCCACCCUCAGAGUUCCCACGUGUAGAACAGGAUGCCAGACAAAAACAAAUGAUCACAACUAGCACAGGGACAAGGACAGGAUGUCCUAAUCAAACCCAAAGUGAUUACCCUGAGCUGAGGGCCAGACUCAAAACAAAGGUGGAUUACAUUGAUAUGCUGGAGAGAUCAUAUCAGUUCUAAGACAUGUCAGAUAUAAGACUGCACAUCCAAAAUGACAAUGGUAAGAUGGAAAAAGAAUGAAUGCCAUGUAAGAUGUACGGUUUUCCCUCAAGUUGCUCUGGAGGAAAGCCCUAGUUCGGAUUUUUAAAAAGUGCCUUCAUAAGAGCAGCCAGCAAUGUUGUAAAUGAGUAUUUUUGUAACACAGUUUUAUUUAUCUAAAAGACGUAGAUUUACAUUGGAAGGGAAGGAAUCAAGUGCUGUUUCGAGCAACGCGGCACAUUAACCACGUUUAAGGGAUGUACGAAUGCAGGGCGUGCGGUCUUGGCUUUCAACUUGUUUGCAUCGAAAACUUCGGAGUUAUUUUUAUUUAACCGAAAAUGGUCCUUCGGCAAUAGAGAUACGGCAGUUAUUGUAUAACUGUUAAGUGCUUUGUUAGAUUGUCUUUAUCGGGACUUAUCGAAUGGUUUUAUGGACCAAAAUAAGCUCGAAACAUGUCGGGAAAUAUUGAUCGUGUGAAAGUAAGUACCUUUUCACAAAAAGGGAAGGACAGAUAUGUGCAUAUAUUUAUUCUUAGAUUUCAGUGUUGCAAUUAUUAUUGUAAGACAUCAUGUUAAAUCAGUGUAUAAUAAUGAUUAUGCCUCUGGUUUAGACUUCCUUGAAAAAACCCACGAAUUCAAUAAAGGGUGCUAAACUAAGUCACGUCUACACAGUCGUAUAAAUUGCACACGGGAGGUUUUCUUCUCUGCGUAGUGCAGCACGUCAUCCAUGCGCUCACUGUACAUGGAAAAAAGAUUCAAAAGAACAAAGUGUGUCAAACAAGAAACUGGUAAAUUUCUUGAAAGAUGCUGUGAUAUUGAAAGAAAGAUAGUGAAAGAUAUAAGGGUGACCCAACGGACUCGAGGGGGGGGGGGGAGCAGAGCAUAUGUACAGCAUUCUUGCAGCAUCCAUCCUGCAGUUUCCAGUCCCCUGAGUGUCCAUGGGAGGGCAUCCGUUAGAUACACCUAUUCACCAUGCAUAAGCUGGUUUAACCUAGUUACGCAGCAUUGCGUAAGAGAGAAAAACAGUGUUUAGCCAUUGUGAAAGCCUUGAAUAAAGCUAAGCCUUGAAAGAGAUGAAACUGAACAUUAAUGAAUGUUGAAGUCCCGUCAUCCCACAUUUUUUGUUUUAUUUCCUCUCGGUUCAUGCUUUCUAUUUCUUUCCCUUCCCCGUGCUUGAAAUGCAAUAACCCCCUUCACUCGCUUCCACUUUUAGCUUCUAAACACCUCCGUUCCCAAAUCUACUUUACCUCUUUAUUUCCUGCAUCACUCCAGGUCUCCCAAAGCUCUACUGUAAUUCUGUAAACAUUAAAGUGAUGGAACGCCUGAAGUAUGUAAGCGCGUGUGCUCGCUGCUUGGCAUAAAGAAUGAUCGCUUUAGUUGGUCCCAAUAUGGCUUUCCUAUUAGUCCAGUUCUGCUCGAAAUUUAGCCAGUCGACGCGUGCGUGUGAAAAGAGGAUGGCGUCAGAGCCACAGAUCGUCUCUUAUCGCUCUGACCCUGUUUACUUUGGCUAAUGUUGUACUUGGCAGGUUCCAUCCUUCACAGGCAAUCCAUCAUUUACACAGUCGGAUGUUCGUAACUGCAUUUCUGCUGCCGGCAUCCAAACCCGCCUGUCAGAGAGAGCGGCUUCAUAUCCACCUUUCCUCGGCGAUAAUUCACAAAGCUUUUGUCCGAAGUGUGAGGAUAGAUAAUCCUCUUGAUGCCACUCCAGUAACCCUCAUUAUACGCCUCUGCCACCCAAUCCCAGCUGAUCUGGUAUGCAAUGAAUGCGAUGGCGGGGCAGUCAGCUGCCCUGCUACAUAGCGCUCGUGCGCCUCGCCAAGACAAAAGUGGCAUUUAACCAAGAGACCAUGAACGAAGAGAAACGGGCAAACACGAAACGAUAGCUUAUGUUUAAUGGUUGCUGGAAUCGAACUAACCGGCACUUACUUUCUUCGAUAGUAUUGUGUGAUUUUUUUAUGGGAGCGCUCUUAACAUCAAGUGGCAUCAUUGUGAGGUUAAUAAUGACUAUUGAAAAACGCUCUCAGAACAGCCAUUCAACAACACGGUGGUAUUAUAAAUUCCGAUCACGACAUAUGGCCACGAAUGUAAAGAAGUUGGUAAUGCACCGCGCCGCAGAUAAUGCGUUCCCAACACGUAAAUGAGCCACAAAGUACUUGCGGAAUUUCAAUGCGACGCAAUUAGUCAGCGAACGGUGUGCGCCGCUGCUCUCUGACAUUUGCAUUUUUACGGGAGACUGUGGCCUUUUCCUCUGGCUGUCACGCCUGUAAUGCGUCCGCUCAGACGUGCCGUCAAAACCCCUGCCCCUGGGGAAAUUCAGGGACACCCCGGUGCAGGCAGUUGUCAUUUUACUUAGUUGAAAUGCUGGACAGCUUGGACAUGGUUCAAAGUGUUCUGUUGUCGUCGGUGCUUUCUUCCUCGGAAAUGUUGUACCGAAACGUUCGUACUAGCAUAUUUGUGUAGAACUCAAAUGUAUUUCACCAUGACAUGUGUUAGGCAUGUUGUGUGUUGUAUAACCUUCUCAUGCCGAAAUACCUUUUUAUAUUGACCGGUACGUCUGGGGUAUUAUGUUUAGCGAUAUUUGCUACGUGUGGUAUUUGCUUUAACCUUUCGCUAUAUUGAAGUUGUUUGUUUGAGAAAGAAAGCAGAGCUAGAAAUGUCUCGGGGACACUGGGGUAGGGAUAGAGAGAAUGGAAGACAUGUAAAGGGUCUUUAGAGUGCAGAAGAACAUCGAGAAGUUGGAGUUCAAAUAUUGAAUUUGCUACCGGUCUUAAAGAUCAUUUCUGAGCAAAACUACUGUCUACUGUACAUCCAACGGUGCUAUACUAGACUGUACUUUAUUUCAUGCGACUGCAGAAUUUUUUCAUUCCUGUCUCACUCUGUUGUUUCCAUCGGGCCCUGCAUUGUUAGAUCGGCUCACGAAUCCUGCCUGAACGAUAGUCGCAAGCGUAGGACAUGAUAAGAGGAUAUGACCUCACGCCAUGUUGUGAACUUCUUUAAAUGUGCGAGAACAGCCUCGUGUUUGGUAUGCCUCGCGCAGGUGCAAUAUCUCUGUUUGAAGCGCCUCUGACACCACGCUGAGAGCUUUGUCUUGGGAAAAGAGUGGAGGAUGCCGUCAAGGCAGAUCGUGUGCCAGCGAGGAGAAAAGUUGUGCAUCUUACAGGAAUUGUAUUGGGCCCUGUCCGUGGUGCUGAAGGAGCGAGAAGGCAUUUUCUGCCAUAGUGUCUGCAGUGCUGUGCAGCUUUUGCAGCGCGCUGUUUCCCGCAGCGAGAGCUGUUUUUGAGCAUUUCAGGAUGUGUUGAAUCUAGUACACGGUGCAGCCAUCAGCACUGUCUCUGAAGUCCACCAUCUGCUGUAGUCCUUGGACGUAUACGAGAAAUCUGUCAGCGUAAUUGUGUGUUUGUCUUGGCUGGGAGGGCAUUGAUCUGACCCACUGUAUCUAACUGAGCAAGUCACUGUCGGGGUAAUUACAUGUUUUCAUUAAGAAAACUUGAUGGGUGCGCAGAGGGCAAGGAAAACAAAGCAAAUUAUACGUCUGUGUUUAUGUAUUUAUCUUUCAAGGAUUUGGAAGUCAUGCUUUUCAACCGUGAUAUCUGCCAUGGGCGUUUAUGGAAAAUCAUUGUAUAAAGAACUUUAAACAGCUUUGAGAUUGCUUUUAAACUGGGCUCUGCUUUUAUUACGCUGAUCCGUUAUUCUCAGCGGAGAACUCAGCUCAAUGUUUUAGCCAGCAGCGUGUUUCUUGGGAAUAUCUCUUACCUGGUGAAUAAAACCAUUAAUGUCUUCCUUCAUCUCACACUGUUUCAAGAGAGAAAGAUACAGAUGGAGACACGCACAAAGACUGAGGUUAUUUUUAAAAAUGACAUUAAAAAUGCUGAAGUUGACACAGAGGUGUUUGUGCCUAAAUAAGGGAAAAGAAUAGAAACAGACGGGAGAAAGGUCUCCGUAGCUCCUUUCGUAUCACGUUCAAUCACUCCUGUUAUUCCAUCAAUUUUAAUACUACGGUAAUGAUGGAGUUUAAUCUCGUAAUAUAACGCUAGUUUCCACAUUAAGCUAAUUACACGAGGUUCUGCUGAGAUGGAUAAGACCAAAACUGGAGGUGAAAUGUACUAGCCUAACAUUAUCUUAAUUAUUGUUUUCCGGAAUGACAGAAAUAGUUUUCAACCUGGAGCGUUUCUGGAUGAUAGGGCGUAAUAACAAAUACAAUAAUCGGGACGCUUUUUACAUUUUAUAUUGGAUGACACAGUGUGAUUACAACACGAGGAUAAUUAAAGUUUCGUGCCCUACCGGCAUGCAAAACUGAACACCGAGAUCCAGGAAAAUGUCCUCUCCAUUUCAUUUUCAGCUGAAACAGUAUGUGGAGAGAGAGACACAUCCGCACGCUGUAUUUGUUCAUUUUCCUCCGUCUUCUUUGGUUGAAAUGAGAGUGCUGACCCCAUUAGAUAAAAAACAGUAGAGCGGACGGACUGCUUUCAUUUCGAGAAGAGUGAUUAAUUACAGAGACAAUGAAAUAUAGAUCAUACCGACUAGGACUCCAGCCGGGUUUACUCAGUGUCAGGCUCUUCCAAUUUUGAUCAGAGGGAGAGAAAUUCAUCGGCGAGCUAUUUGGCACAGGUUUCCUGAUCAUUAACAUUCUCUUCAAAGACUCGCGAGGGAAAAAGUCAUGCGGCUUACCGCAAAUUCCACCCAAAAAGAGAGCGAACGCAAGCUGUGAUUUAUCGUGACAUGCUGAGCUCGAUUUAUCUCGAGAGAUAUUUUGUUUUUGCAGAGAGUCAUCUCGAGCUUGUGGCUCGUGCAAAUGGUGUUCAGAAAUGAGAUCUCCAAACCAACUCUGAAUGGAACGAAAUGGAAAGGAGAGGACCCGGCGGAUGAAAAGCCGAGAGCAGAUAUAUUUUGGACGGCUGAGAUAAAGGACAGAUCAUUAGUCAAGGCUCUUAAAAUAACCACAUGCGCAGGAGAGCACAGCACUGUCAAAUUUCAGACUUUUGAGAUCUAUUUCCACGUUGUGUGUACAUACUUCACAACUCUUACUCUCAUUUCACACUUUAGAGCUCUCUCUCAGCUGUGGAGGUGUGACCUCUAGCUUGCACUAAUGAAAUAUUAAGGUGUUUGUGUGUGUGUAUAUUUGCCUUAUACUGACAACGUGCCUUUGGGGUGUUCUGCUUUUUCAACAUUUCGGUUCUUCUGUGCUUUCUUUUUUUUUGUUGCUGUUUUUUAUUUAUUUCUCAUAAAAAACAAUGACUGAUAUACGAUGUGUUUUGAAAAGCACAGUGAAAUGCAAUAGACGCAACUCUGACUGUUAUUCAGACGCAUGAUGGGAUCAGAGUUCUGAUUGUAAAUAACACGCAAGUAGACACUUGAAAUCUAACCGCAUGCACGCUUCCCUUAAAUGCACAGUCAAAUAUUUGCAUGAUUACACAGUGUUUACUUUUCUUUAAAAAAUGGACAGCUUUAUUUGUUAGUGAAAUAAGGAAAACAAAACAACAACAAAAAACAAUAAGGUUUCUUAACAUGAAUAAAUGUCGUGAAUCAACAAUAAAUAAUAUAGUUUUUCAGCAUUUAAUCAUCUUUGUUAAUGCUUGUUAAUGUCAAUACAAUUGUUCCCGUUGGUUUAUUCUGCAUUAACUAAUGUUACAACUUUUGAUUUAAAAAAUGUAUUCGUAAAUGCUGAAAUUAACAUCAACUAAGAUUAAAGUUAAACCCCAAAAUGAAAAUUCUGUCAUGAAUUACUCACUCUCUAGUUGUUCCAAAUCUGUAUAAAUGUAUUUGUUCUGAUGAAAACCGAGAAAGAUAUUUGGAGGAAUGCUUGUAACCAAACAGUCCUUGGACCCCAUUGGCUACCAUAGAAGGAAAAAUACAACGGUAGUCAAAAGUGCCCCAGAACUGUUUGCUGUCCUACAUUCUUCAAAAUGUCUUCUUUUGUGUUCAACAGAACAAAACAAAAUAAAUAAUAUAAAGUAAUUUUUUCUUCUCUGGGAGUGACAUGUUAUGUUUGGUUACAAGCAUUCUUCCAAAUAUCUUUCUCUGCGUUCAUCAGAUAAAAUACAUUUUUGUUUCUCAAAGGUGAGUAAAUGAUGACAGAAUUUUCAUUUUUGGGUGAAGUAUCCCUUUAAUAAAUGGUCAAUUCGAAUGCUAUGGAUGUGAUAUUUUCAGUCAAACCUUGAAAUAUCAAUUCUCAGAGAAUGUAUUUAUUACCAAUAUAUUGAAGAAUCUGUUUAUUUUUUACUAAACACCUGAUGACAAAGUCCAGACAUCAGAAAAAUAUCACUCUAUAGACAAGCUUUGUAUUCACAAGCUUUUAAAGAGAGAAAAAUCCAUGCGUUAUGGAUGUGACAAAAAGGACGCACGUUUUUGAGAGACAACAUACAUUCAUUUGCCCAUUUAUAUUAUGACAGUUAUGGAUGUGAUCAUUUACUUAACUGACUAUGAAAAACUAUAUAAACAAACAAGACUUUAAAAACUUUAAGACAGACUUUACAUGUGUAUUUAAACCACCAAAUACUGACAUCUAUCAGUAUGGUGAAAACCUUUGGAAAAAACAUCUCAAGGCUGAUAUAUGUAUUUAAGGGAUCAUUUUAAUUCUGUCAUUAUUUAUUCGCCCUCUUGCCUUUUUAAACCUAUAUGACUUUCUUUCUUCUGCAUAACACGAAAGAAGAUAUUUCGAAGAAUGUCGGUAACCGAACAACGGCGGUACGCAUUAACUUCUACCGUACAGACACAAAACAAAUGCAUGUCAAUGGAUGCCGCCAUUGUUUGGUUAGCAACAUUCUUCA